GCAGCUGGCAAACGUCAAACGACGCACGGUCCUUUUCGGGUUGUUUCCCAUUUUUCGCGACGUGUUGCGGUCAGUCCAGUUGAAGCCGAAAGUCCGGAUUUCCCAGCGUAAAAAUGCAAGGACCAGCCGUUUUUAUCGAUGCCGAGAUCGAAGAUCAGGCCCAAGAGCUCCGGAAGUUUUUCAAAAAACUUGGGGCGGAAAUCAGCGAGGACAAGUCUUCCAAGGGAAUCGAAGACGAUUUGCACAAAAUCAUCGGCGUCUGCGAUGUGUGCUUCAAGGAGGGUGCCGGCCAUUCGGUGGAAGAAAUCGAUGCGGUUCUGAAUUCGGUUGUGUCGAUUAUCGUUUCCAUUCCGCUGGAACGGGGCGAAAAUCUGAUUCUGGCUUUCUGCGAGAAAAUGACCAAGGCCCAGGAACCGGCUCUGGCUCGCGUUUGCCUACAAUCUUUGUGGCGUCUGUUCAGCAACCUGGAACCGACUUCCCCGCUGAGAUAUCAUGUGUACUACCACCUGAUUCAGGUUGCCAAGCAGUGCGAUCAGGUAAAGGAAGUCUUCUCCGGAGUCGAUCAGUUGAAGGCUCAAUUUACUCAGUGUCCGCCAUCGAAUGAGCAGAUGCAAAAGUUGUACCGACUGUUGCAUGACGUCCUCAAGGAUACGAACAGUGAGCUGGCCUCGAAGGUCAUGAUCGAGCUGCUCGGAACGUACACGGCUGAAAAUGCCAGCUACGCCCGGGAGGAUGCCAUGAAAUGUAUCGUGACGGCCCUCGCCGAUCCGAACACAUUCCUGCUGGAUCCGUUGCUUUCGCUGAAGCCAGUCCGGUUCCUCGAGGGAGAGCUCAUUCAUGAUCUGCUAUCGGUGUUCGUGUCUGAGAAGCUACCGAGCUAUUUGCAGUUCUACAAGAACCACAAGGAGUUUGUCAAUUCACAGGGUCUGAACCACGAGCAGAACAUCAAAAAGAUGCGACUGCUCUCGUUCAUGCAGCUGGCCGAAAGCAAUCCGGCCAUGAGCUUCCAGCAGCUGCAAGACGAGCUCCAAAUCGGCGAGAACGAUGUGGAACCGUUUAUUAUCGAGGUGCUGAAGACUAAGCUGGUCCGGGCCAGGAUGGACCAGAAAACACGCACCGUGCACAUCUCCAGCACCAUGCAUCGGACGUUCGGACGGCCUCAGUGGCAACAGCUGCGCGAUCUGCUUCACUCGUGGAAGGCUAAUCUUACCUUAGUUCAGGAAAACAUGAAAACCGUUGCCGAAGCCCAGGUGCAGUAAAAGUUUGCUGAGAUUAGAGUGUCAUUUCUGUGGUUCAUUAGAAAAUUAAAAACGCUAAACCGAGAAGCCAAUCAAGAGACAUUUUAAAGAGACUUCAGUUCGGAAAACCGAUCGAAACAAAGUGACGUGAGCAGUGUUUAUACUGUGAACAAAAAUCCUCCCGACUGGUUUUUCUUUUCAUACAAGAAAAGAGAAACAUCCCCGAAACAUUUUUAAUCAAAAGUAGGGGAACUGGGCGAAUAAAGUUUCGCAAGCGGUCGGGAGCUGUGCGCAAGAUUAAGUUAAACCUUAGGAGCAGAAACAAGUGAAACAAAAAUAUAGGGGACGCCACCACAAGACUUUCCUCUCUUUUGGGGGUAAGUUGAAGGUGGCCGGUCUCCCAAACUAGUUGGGGUUAAGAUAUCACCGGGGUGGGUUUCGUUCACUUUUUAAAAUUGUCAUAAUACAGUUUCUGUCGCUUGGAUUCUGUUUUUUCGCAUUUUCUAAAGGAAUUAUUUGAUAUUUUUCUUUCACAAAGCUAGGUUGUAUUUAAUUUGUUGAAAAUAAUUUUGCCACCCAUUAUCAAUAUAUUCAUUUUAUCUAUGAACGAAACAAAA